CUCCCUAGCUCGCAGCUAAAAUUCAUAAACAUCAAAUUGUUAUUGCUUGCGACGGGUAACCAUUAAAUGCGAGCCCCAGACACGACAGCAACAAAAUGGGUAUCCUAGAGAAAAUAGCAGAGAUCGAGCGGGAAAUUGCGCGAACCCAAAAGAACAAAGCCACCGAAUACCAUUUGGGCUUGUUGAAGGCAAAGCUUGCCAAGUAUCGAUCGCAGCUGCUGGAGCCGUCGAAGAAGGGCGAGAAGGGCGAAGGAUUCGAUGUGCUGAAGAGCGGAGAUGCGCGUGUGGCAUUAAUCGGUUUCCCGUCGGUGGGAAAGUCCACCAUGUUAUCAACAUUGACGAAGACUGAGUCAGAGGCGGCCAACUACGAGUUCACCACACUGACCUGCAUUCCGGGAGUUAUCGAGUACAAGGGCGCCAAUAUACAGCUGCUCGAUCUGCCGGGUAUCAUUGAGGGUGCUGCCCAAGGUAAGGGUCGUGGUCGUCAGGUAAUUGCCGUGGCCCGUACGGCAGAUCUGGUGCUGAUGAUGCUGGACGCCACAAAGCCGAAUGUGCAUCGUGAGCUGCUGGAACGGGAAUUGGAGUCUGUGGGCAUACGGCUGAAUAAGCGGAAGCCCAACAUUUACUUUAAACAGAAAAAGGGCGGUGGUCUGAGCUUCAAUGCCACCUGUUCCCUGACGCGCUGCAACGAGAAAAUGGUUCAAACCAUUCUCCACUCGUUUAAGAUCUUUAAUGCCGAGGUGCUGUUCCGGGAGGAUUGCACCGAGGACGAGUUCAUCGAUGUGGUCACUGCGAAUCGCGUCUAUCUGCCAUGCUUGUAUGUGUACAAUAAGAUCGAUCAGAUCUCCAUUGAGGAGGUGGAUCGACUGGCCCGACAGGACUUCUCUAUCGUAGUCAGUUGUAACAUGAAGCUUAAUCUGGACUACAUGCUGGAGGCCCUCUGGGAAGCCUUGCAGCUCAUACGGGUCUAUACCAAGAAGCCGGGUGCGCCUCCAGAUUUCGACGAUGGUUUGAUUCUGCGAAGGGGUGUCAGUGUGGAGCACGUCUGUCAUGCCAUUCAUCGUACUUUGGCGGCACAAUUCAAGUACGCGCUGGUUUGGGGGACAAGCACGAAAUACUCGCCACAGCGUGUAGGAAUUGCUCACGUGAUGGCCGACGAGGAUGUCAUUCAGGUGGUUAAGAAAUGAGGAGUUGGCUUUAAUGUGCAUUGUGUGUGUUGGGGAAAUGCUGUCGUUAUCCUGAGACGGUAAGGAUAUUUUUUAUAAAAAGUAAAUAUGGAACGCGUUUGUUGAUUUAAUGCUUGGCCCGAUUGAAUUGAAAUAUAUCUAUAUAUUCUAUAAAAGAA